UGCUAACUUCAACUCUCGAAAUUGGUUUUUCUAAAUAAACAAAACACAGUUUCUCCUGUCUGCUCUUCCCUUCUUUGUUAUUUUCUGGAGAGAGAUAAACUCAGAGUUGAACUGCGCACACCUUCAGAACCGCUUUAUCUGAAAUAUAUAUAUAUAUAUAUAUCCUCAUGACCAGUUUGCAGAAAGUCAUCUCUUCCUUCUUAUAUCCAUGAGAGAGAAAGCGGGAGAGGUCUGUAAAAGACAAACACGGAAUUUAAUUUCUUCUGUUUCUUCGCUUUCAAUUGCGUCCUCUCCUUAUUUCCCUCUUAUCAUCAUUCUCCAGCUCCAGCUACAAGAUUACAUGUAACCGACUUUCUCUCCGUACUUGGACAAAUCUUCCAAAGUAUAUAUAUUGAUUCUAAAUGGAAAAGAGAAGGCGGUUUCGGCGUUAGUGGGGUUUUGGAGAGCUUGCGCUGGAGGACGACAAGAAGAAGAUCAAGACACAGAGAACGUAGGGUAUAGGUCGCUUUCUCCACUCCCAUGUCUUCGAGUAUCAACCAGAAAACUACUCAACAUGAACCACUUCUACCCCCUCCACAUCGUCGACAUCACCAUCAGCAACCACAAAAACAUCACACGCAAGAUCAGCAUGUUUCUUUUGGAAUGACGCAAUCUUCUUCUCCGUCGACGUUUUCUGUCCCCGGAAACUUCCCGAGCAAGGAUUCUGGAGCUUAUGAUCUGCUGGAAGAGUUGGAUCAAGCCCUUUUUCUCUAUCUCGAUGGACAACAAGACCCAUCCAGCGUUCAACACCCAAGACCAGAGAACUCAUUAUCGUCAGAAAUGAAGCCUCCGACUCUCAACAUGUUCCCAUCCCAACCCAUGCAUACACACACGCCCGCAACCAAGGCUAGCAUGGAACUUGUUCCUCCUCAAAUAGCCAGUGGUCCCAAAGGACCAUCUGAGCCAUCAAUGGAUUUGGCCAGCCCGAGAAACGAAGCCGCCUCGGCCCCUGAACCACCCAAAACGGCCAAGCGAGAGAGCAAUCGCAAGGGUCCACCGCCAAGUUCUGAACAGGAAGCACUCAAGACCCCAGAUCCUAAGACACUCAGAAGACUUGCUCAGAAUAGAGAGGCAGCUAGGAAAAGCAGGCUUAGGAAAAAGGCAUAUGUUCAGCAGCUAGAGUCAAGUAGAAUUAGGCUUAAUCAGCUGGAGCAAGAGCUACAUCGUGCUAGAGCUCAAGGAGUACUCUUCGCGGGAGCGACAGCUUUGAGGGGAGAGCAAAGCCUUCCAAUGGCUAUGAGCAGCGUUAGCUCAGAAGCUGCAAUGUUCGACGUAGAAUAUGCGAGAUGGCUAGAAGAGCACCAUCGAAUAGUGUGCGAGCUAAGAGCCGCAGUUCAAGAGCACCUUCCAGAGAACGAGCUUCGGCUGUUUGUAGAUAAUUGCCUGGCACAUUAUGACCAAUUAAUGAAUCUCAAGAGCUUAGUGACCAAAACAGACGUAUUCCACAUUGUAUCUGGCAUGUGGAAGACCCCAGCCGAACGGUGCUUCAUGUGGAUCGGUGGGUUCAGGCCAUCGGAGCUCAUUAAGAUUAUUGUGAGUCAAAUUGAACCCCUGACGGAGCAGCAAAUACUGGGUAUAUAUGGGUUGCAACAAUCUACGCAAGAGGCAGAAGAUGCACUCUCCCAUGGGCUUGAGGCUCUCAAUCAAUCUCUCUCAGACACUAUAACAUCUGACUCAUUGAGCUGUCCGCCAAAUAUGGCUAACUACAUGGGACAGAUGGCCAUGGCCAUAAAUAAGCUCUCUACUUUAGAGGAUUUCGUGAGACAGGCAGAUAAUCUGAGGCAGCAGACCAUUCACCGGGUGCAUGAGAUACUGACGACGCGUCAGGCGGCGAGGUGCAUGCUGGCGAUGGCCGAGUACUUCCAUCGUCUAAGAGCUCUCAGUUCUCUGUGGAUGGGACGACCUCUCCAAGAAUAAAAGGAUAACCUUUUCAGCGUCCUCCACAGCUUAUAUAUCUAAUCUCCUUAGUUAGCCUUUAAUCUCCUUGACUUUACUUUCUCUCUUCUAAUAUAUUAAUUAAUAUUAUAAAAUUGAUGUGAAUCUAUUUCUCUA